UGACAGGUAUGCCUGUUUCCACUACAUUAUGUACACCUGCACAAGCUACGUCUUGAUCAAAUUCAUCCAAUGCUCGCCUUUUUAUUGACACUGUAAGAGGUAUUCAUGCAACAAGUUCAUUGUUUUCCAAAUCUGUAAUAUUUUAGUGAUAUGUAGUGGACUAUUUUUUCAUCGAAGGACCAGGCAGUGACCUCUGGCCGGUGUACCGCAGCCUCAGCAUGGCGGCUUGGAUGCUGCUGAAGAAGAAAGUAAAACAAAAGACUUGCUCCUCUCUCCCCGCGGUGGUUGGACUGGGCGUCGGGAGGAGGAUGGUGACGUUCGGCUGCAGUUGCUGUAAACUGUGAAAAUGUCAAACUUGCAGACUGGCUGUCGCCAACAGGGCUUGCGUCAUUAACCGGACCUGACGCGCCACUCCCGCUAUGUAUCCCUCCGCCGUCUGCGGGCUCCCCCACUUAAGCCUAGCAUUGGAGCCAUGUUGUCAGGUGCUAGCCCGGCAGAAGGGAGGGGGAAGCGGAGGGAUUUGGAACAGCGGCGCUGCGGUUCCAGCCAGCCUGACGCCGGCGAGGCUGCUGUGUGGCGGCCUGGAGGAGACCAGACUGGCUCCGGACGACUCCGACCUGCGUCGAGAUGACUGCAAUACAACAGGAAGCUCUUCUUUGAGCCCUUCACAACAAAAGCAUGCAAUGAUCCCGAUUAUCUAGACGAGGAAUAAUCUUCACCUACCAUCCGUCUUCGUCCCGCCAUGAACUCAUCCGCCUCCAUCACGUCCCUGUUCUCCUUCACCAGCCCGGCGGUCAAACGCCUGCUGGGCUGGAAGCAAGGUGACGAGGAGGAGAAGUGGGCUGAGAAGGCGGUAGACUCGCUGGUGAAGAAGCUGAAGAAGAAGAAAGGCGCCAUGGAGGAGCUGGAGAGAGCCCUCAGCUGUCCCGGACAGCCCAGCAAGUGCGUGACCAUCCCUCGCUCGCUGGACGGCAGGCUGCAGGUGUCCCACCGCAAAGGUCUUCCUCACGUCAUCUACUGUCGAGUGUGGCGCUGGCCAGACCUGCAGUCCCACCACGAGCUCAAAGCCCUCGAUUGCUGCGAGUUCCCGUUCGGCUCCAAGCAGAAGGACAUCUGCGUCAACCCGUACCACUACAGACGUGUGGAAACGCCAGUGCUGCCGCCGGUCCUCGUCCCCCGCCACAGCGAGUUCAACCCCCAGCACAGCCUACUGGCAAAGUUCCGCAACGCCUCUCUGCACAACGAGCCUCUGAUGCCGCAGAACGCCACCUACCCUGAAUCCUUCCCUGCGCUGCCGUGCUCGUCCUUCUCCUCGUCCUCUUCCUCAUCUCUGGCCCAGUCUCCUUCCUCGCAGAGCUACCCCGACUCCCCUGCCAGCUCAGCCGAGCCUGGCAGCCCCUACCACAUCGCAGCAGAGACGCCGCCUCCUCCGUACAGCAUGAUGGAGACGAGUCCCCAAGAGGACGUGAAGCCGACCAACACCCCUGAAACCACCAAGCUCACCUUCUCCGCUCCACACAGAGAUUUGCGUCCGGUGUGCUACGAGGAGCCCGAGUACUGGUGCUCCAUAGCGUACUACGAGCUCAACAACCGGGUGGGGGAGACAUUUCACGCGUCGUCGCGCAGCAUGCUGGUGGAUGGCUUCACAGACCCGUCCAACAACAAGAACCGCUUCUGCCUCGGCCUGCUAUCCAACGUCAACCGCAACUCCACCAUCGAGCACACGCGCCGCCACAUCGGCAAAGGGCUACACCUGUACUAUGUGGGCGGCGAGGUGUACGCAGAGUGCCUGAGCGACAGCAGCAUCUUUGUGCAGAGCCGAAACUGCAACUUCCAACAUGGCUUCCACGCCACCACGGUCUGCAAGAUCCCCAGCGGCUGCAGCCUGAAGAUCUUCAACAACCAGCUCUUUGCUCAGCUGCUGGCCCAGUCUGUCAACCACGGCUUCGAGGUGGUCUACGAGCUGACCAAGAUGUGCACCAUCCGCAUGAGCUUCGUCAAGGGCUGGGGAGCAGAGUACCACCGACAGGAUGUGACUAGCACCCCCUGUUGGAUCGAGGUGCAUCUGCACGGGCCCCUGCAGUGGUUGGACAAGGUCCUAACCCAAAUGGGAUCGCCACACAACCCCAUCUCCUCCGUGUCCUAGCAGGUGCUUGCUUCUUCACACAGCUUCUCCUACUUUCCGGAAGGUUCCGCCUCGUUCCAAAGCCCAAAACGUCCCCUACUGUUUACUGUAAGACUGAAUUUCAUUUAGAUUGUUGACUGAUUGAUGCAGCAAGUAGUCGUCUUGUGUUUCCGUGGCACUUUGUGUGUGAUGUCUGUUAAAUAUUAUGUAUUUCAACUUACUGACCAAUGUUUGGAUUAUUUGCGCUGGUUGCUUUGUACUUCUAUUAAAGUUGUUUUUUCCAA